CUUCUUCAUUAAAUUACCAACAGGCUGGAAAAAAAGUUAAAGCUGUAGCAAAAAAAAGUAAACUAACUCCCUUUAGGAAAACUACUAGCUGCUACAUUUAAUUAUUAUGGAAAACAUAUUAUUGCAAUCUCUAAUCCAAGAUAUACAGGAUUCAGCAUUCCGUUAUUAAAACUUUCGGCAUUAAUUAGUCAUUUAAACGUUAUUUCUGCUUAGUGAAAGUAGAAAUCUAAAUACCAAAAAAAAAGCGGAUAAUAUUAUCGUAUUAGGAAAAACAAUCGUCUUAUAGUCUAUCUGGAUCUCCAUCUCAUAUAAUGUAAUUAAACCGCGUAACGCAAUGGACGGGGAAAGCUAAAUACACUACAUGUGUGUGUGCAUGCCUAUAUAACAGCAGCUCUUGUUCUUAAUAUAAUAACUCGAUCCAGAUAAUAAUAAAAGCAUAGCAACAUGGGGAAUUGUGCACUAAAGCCAAAAGUUCUGACGUCAGCCGGAGCUCCGGCACCGGAGGAGUUUGAGACUUUGCUUCUUGGAGAUCAGAAGGUCGACGCUGCGAAAUCUCUUAGAAACUUGUUCCUUCAAGCCAUGGCAGAGAAGAAAACAAUGGAGGACGAGAAGACAACACCGGAAAAGACUCCGGUAACUACAGAUCUGAAAACAGCUUUGUCCGAGGCAAAAUCUCCACCCAAAGAGAUCAAAUCUCCGAUAAAAGAGACAAAAUCUCCGGCAGCAGAGAAAAAUGUUCCGGCUGGUGAGCAGAAGGUUAGGAAUGAAGAGACUGUUUGUGAGGAGAAAGUGAUGGACGAUGCGACUGUGAAAGAGACAGAAACAGAGGCGAAGCCAGAGGAAGUCGAAAGCGAAGCAGCAGCACCAUGAAAGAAGUUUGAACAAUAUCAAGAUUUUUUUCUUUUUCUUUGGAUUAAUGUUUGUUCUCUAUUCCAAAAAUUCAUUACAUGAAAUGCAACGUCAGUUUUCCUUUUA